UUUUUUUUUACACGCGUUUUUUUUUCAUUUUCAACAUGGCGGCGACCGUGGUUAGAAGUUUAUGUUUCUUACAGCUGCAUGAACUGUCAUGCUCAAGGACUAUAUGCCGUAAUUUAGUAACUUUAGGCCUAUUCAAUAGUGAAAAAACGCGACCGAAACUCUUUACAGUCAAUAGUUGUUCCCACAUAAAAAAUGCAUCGCAUUUCACACAGGACGAUAGGCUUUCGCGCAUCCCGGUCGACAAACUGAAGAUAACAUACAGUAGAAGCAGCGGACCAGGCGGUCAACAUGUCAACAAGGUCAGUACGAAAGCAGAGGUGCGAUUUCAUGUGCAAACAGCAGAAUGGAUUCCAGAAGAAGUGAGGCAAGAGAUUCUCUUGAAAAAUAAAACACGUAUCAACAAAGUGGGAGAGUUAAUUGUGACCUCAGAGAUUAGUAGAAGCCAACAGAGGAAUCUGGAAGACUGUCUUCAAAAGAUCUCAGAAAUGAUCGCUGAAGCCAGUCAGCAGAAACCCGAGCCGUCUGAGGAGGAUCUCGCCCUGAGAGCUCAUAGAUUAGAAAAAAGAAAGUUGGAAAGACUCAAACAGAAGAAGAUACAUGGUGCAACAAAGCAAGCAAGACGAGUCGACUUUGACUGAAAUACUAUCGUAUUUGUUCUGUAUUCAAACUUUGAUAUAAACGUUGCAAAAUUA